AUGAGUUCCCAAGAUAGUGGUAUUGUCGACAUCGAAUCUGAUUCGAGUAACUACAGUUCAGAGUUAGAUAGAAUAUUGGAAAACUAUGAGACUGCUGUCAAGUCUGAAAACAUUUACCUGCUUUCAACACAGUAUCCAAUUUCGGGGUAUGAAGUAAAAUGUGGAAUAAGUCCUGCAAGAUCAUUCACACCUGCUGUUAUCUUAUCUCAACAUCUUAAGUUCAGCAAAAUAUCUUUCAGUACUUAUGAAUGGAAUACCUUUAUCUCAAUUAUGUCACAACAGAUCUUUCUUCAUACCGGAGACGAGUUCAAACCUGAUUCAUUACCAUGUGGAGAUUACUGUACCAUCACCCCAUUGAAUUACGAUGACAGUAAGGUAAUUUUAGUCAAGAAACAUGGUGUUGAGUAUUACAUGGAUGAAGAAGAAGUAUCGCAAAUUUUAGAAUUAAAUAAUUUAAUUAUACAACGUAGAGAAAAUCUUUUAGUUGGAUGUAGAACAGAGUUAGAUAGUUGGAAUUUAUUGAAAGAUGCUUUAGAACAAUGUUUUGGCGAUAAGAGAUCAUUAGAAUGUCUAGAACAAGACCUUCUAAUGGCACAUCCUUUUAAAAAUGAAACAACAUUAGAUUUUGCUAAAAGACUACAAGUGUUAAGAAGUCAUCUGGUUCAAAGAACCAAUAGUUUUUCUCUAGCAGAAAUGCCUGCUAAUACUAAAGAAAUAUAUCGCAGACAAUAUGACCAAAUGGCUUUAAAAACGCUCAUUAGGAAUUUAACCGGUUUGCUUCAACAUACAAUUAGACUCAAGAAUCCAAUGUUCCGACAACAAACACCUCAAACUAAUUUCACUUACCGAAACCCAAAUCCCACACAAAGUCCAAACGAUCAAAACCCAACAAACAAUUUUCCUAGACAACCAAUUCCAGUCCAACCUCGACAAAUAACUAGACAUUACCCGACCAAUAGACAAGUAUUUGGGCAACAAAAAAACGUCUUUGCACCCACUGGAAAAACUCCGGAAAACAAACCAGAACCAAUGUCAAUAAAUUCAAGAAAUACUUUCAGACCUAACCAACCUAACCAUUACUUCAGACCUUCAAAUCCGAGAAACUUCGUUUCGCAAGAAUUACACCAAAUUCAAUCAGACUCUCAUGAUUCAAACACCGACUACCCCGAUUUUCAGAUAAAUCACGAUUCCGAAAACCCUGCUUAUGAAAGCGACCCUGACUACUCAGAUUCCGUCAUAUAUUUUAAAAUAUGUGUUGACUCCCACGAAAUAGCUGCCGUGAGAAUUCCAGUCAGUUGUUUCAAUGGAGAAGUCAUAAUACCCAGUCAAAACAUAGAUAAUCUUUAUUUCCCAGAAACUAUUACAAUUGCAAAAAAUGGUUUCGCGAAAACUGAAAUAAUAAACCGCAGCGAUAAACGCGUUGAAAUUAUAAUUAAAGACAGACUGAAAGUGAUACCUCUUACUAAUACUAUAAAACAAAAUUAUAAUUUUUAUUAUACCGAGGAUAUUUUACAAAAUAGAUAUUCGAAAAAUCAUGAAGAAAAUAUACAAAACUUCAUUAGAACAGAACACCUGAACGAAGAAGAAAAAGAGGCUAUUCUUAAAUUAUAUAACGAUUUUAAAGAUAUAUUUCAUAAAGAUAAGGACAAUUUGACUUUUACGAAUGAAAUAAAACAUGAAAUUAAAACAUUGGACGAAGUACCCGUACACACGAAAUCAUACCGUUACCCCUAUAUACACAAGGAAGAGGUUCAACGACAGAUAAAGAAGAUGUUAGACGAUGGAAUAAUUAGACCAAGCUCUUCCCCGUGGAGCAGCCCCGUAUGGAUAGUCCCGAAGAAAACCGACGCCAGCAAUAAACAAAAAUGGAGAAUCGUCAUAGACUACAGAAAAGUGAACGAGAAAACUUUGGAAGACCGUUACCCUGUACCACGAAUAGGAGAUGUAUUAGACCGGCUAGGCAGAUGUCAAUAUUUCUCAACCAUAGACUUGGCUUCAGGCUUUCAUCAAAUCCAGAUGCAUGAGAAUUCCAUAUCGAAAACAGCAUUCAGCGUAGAGAACGGGCACUACGAAUAUUUACGUAUGCCAUUUGGACUCCGGAACGCCCGUGCCACUUUUCAGCGUGUCAUGGACAACGUCUUGAAAGAUCUCCAAGGAAAAAUCUGCAUGGUUUACAUGGACGAUAUAAUUAUCUUCAGUUCAAGCCUAGAAGAACAUAUAGCUAAUCUCAAGCUACUCUUCGAAGACUCCGAGAAACUAACCUUAAAAUUCAACUAGACAAAUCAGAUUUUGUUAGAAAAGAAGUUGAGUUUCUAGGCCAUGUCAUCACACUGCAAGCCUAACCCAAAGAAGAUAGAUGCCAUAAAACAAUUUCCUUUACCUAAAACGGCUAAAGAAAUAAAGUCAUUUCUGGGACUGCUAGGCUAUUAUAGAAAAUUCAUCAAGAAUUUCGCGAAAAUUACGAAACCUUUUACCAAAUGCCUGAAAAAGGGAGAAAAAAUUGUUCAU